CUGGAAUCAAUAUUGCACGCUUACUGACCCUUUAAGUUUGAACCUAUAAAUGUCCUAUAUCAUGACCACUCAAAUAACUUCAGGUUUAAACUAAAUUUAUCAAAUCAUUAGGAGACAUCUUCCUAAUUAGACUACACGAGUUUCAGUAAAAAUGCCAGCAAAAGUAUUAUUUGUUCUAACCAGUCAUGAUAAAUUAGGAGCUACGGACCACAAGACCGGUUGGUAUUUACCGGAAGUAGCUCAUCCUUACCACGUACUUAAAGCCAAGGGACAUGACAUCACAUUUGUAAGUCCAAAAGGAGGAAAAGCACCAAUGGAUCCCGGUAGUGGAGAAGCCUUCAAAGAUGACCAAAUCUGUAAGGAUCUUCUAGCCAACAAAGAGGCAAUGUCAGCAAUUGAUAACACACGCAAACCAUCAGAAAUUAAAGCAAGUGAUUUUAAAGCUAUAUUUUAUGCUGGGGGACAUGGUCCUAUGUUUGAUCUACCAGAAAACCAGGAGAUAGCAAAAAUAGGUGUUGGUAUUUAUGAAAACGGAGGAAUUGUCAGUGCAGUAUGUCACGGACCAGUGGGAUUAGUUCCAUUAAAACUUUCCAACGGUGAACAUUUAAUAAAGGGCAAGAAAGUAACAGCAUUCACAAAUGAAGAAGAAGACGGCGUAAAACUGACGCCUGUUAUGCCAUUUCCGUUGGAAACUAAACUUAAAGAACUUGGUGGAACUUUUGUAGGAGUUGACAUGUGGAAACCAAAUGUACAGGUUGACGGUCGCCUCAUUACUGGACAAAAUCCCGCCUCAGCAACACCUGUAGGAGAGGCACUUGCAAAACUUUUAUAAACAUUUUUAUCUGCUGUGUCGUACAACUUUGAUUGAAAAGUACUAAUAAACAUUUUAUGACAUGUUGAGUUUGGAAUAUGUAUAUAUUAUAUAUAUAUAUAUUAGACUUGUAUAUUGUAUUGAUGAUUGUUACUUAUAUGAUUGUCUUAUGAGUAAUAUCAAAGUAGUUUGAAUUAUAUAAAACAUUAAAAGUAAAAAAAUAUCAA